AUGACACACAUCGAAAGAGUCGAGGAGGCCGAGAGCCAAGAGGUACGGCCAAAAGUCGCUUUGUCGACCAUACUGGCAGUGUUUUUCCUAGGUCUUUCAUUUGUUCCCGCCAUUGCGUCAGGCUUUGUAAUGCCUUCACAGAUCAUCGCCCAGAUUGGUAUGUCACUGGACGGUCUUGAGGACAUUGCAUGGAUCCCUGGCGGUUGGUCCAUCGGCGCUGCUGUCUCUUUCUCUAUCGCUGGUGCGCUAAGUGAUAUCUUUGGACGUCGGUGGGUUGUCAUGUUUGGUCAAAUCCUUGUCCUCGUUGGCGCUAUCGUCUCUGCUACAGCGAGCACAGUUCGCAUUGUCGCUGCAGGCAGUUCUAUGAUCGGCUUCGGUGCUGGUUGUAUCCUGGUCUCAUACGCAGGUAUCGCAGAGUUGCUCCCCAAUAAAUACCGUGGUAUAGGACUAGCAUGGACAGAGUUCUGUAUCACCAUCCCAUGGGGCGUGCUUUCCGGUUAUAUCGCAACUCAGCUCUAUCUCAAGUCCACCUGGAGAUGGUGUUACUACAUCAGCAUUAUCUACGCUGGGCUCGUGCUCAUCGGCACCUACUUCUCCUACUACCCGCCAUCUCACCCACAAGGAGACUAUGAAAGAUCCAGAUGGCAGGAAUUCAAAGAGCUGGAUUUUGUGGGUCUCGGGCUCUUCACUGCCGGUCUUGUUGUUUUCCUGGUCGGUAUUGCAUACCUCGGUCGUACCACCUACUCUGUGCCAAUGGUUGCAGCAACCAUCACGGUUGGUGGCACUGUCUUCAUCUCGGCAUUUGUCUACGACUUCACCAUACCGAAGAAGCCCAUCUUUCCUCUCCAUCUUUUCCGUAUGUUUGGCGAGUUUUCGGUCUAUCUGAUCAUUCUAUUCGUCUGCGGAAUGAUCUGGCAAUCCAUGAUCGCGUUGUCUAGCCAGGGUGCUCUCUACAUGUUCACCAACAAUAUCACCGAGAUUGGUAUCAUCUCCAUUCCGGGAAACGUCUCUGGUGUCAUCGGAGGUUGGAUCUUGCCGAGUUUAAUCCAUAAGAUCAAGCAUGUGCGAUACCAGGUAUUCGCCGCUAUCCUUGUCCAGACAAUCUUCACCGCGUCUUAUGCUGCCGUGGUUCCCAACAACAAGAUCGGCUACAUGAUUCUCCCCAUGUUUGGACAGAGCGCCUUCACUUGGAUGACCAUACUUUCAUUGGUGGCAUCUGGACUAUUCGUCCCACCUGAGGAGUUGGGAACCACCGCUGGGCUGCUUGGAACAUUCCGCAGCGCAGGAGGAUCUGUUGGAAAUGCCGUCUUCUCCACCAUCCUCGCUUCGAAUCUGAACAAGCACUUGGCCAAGAACAUUGCGGGCGCUGCUAUAGGCUCCGGCUUCAACCCAGCAGAUCUCGGCAAGCUCAUUCCCGCCGUCAUCCAGAACGCAGUUGGGGUUCCAGGAGUCCUGAAGAGCGUCCCCGGGAUCACUACAGCAGUCGAAGAAGCCACCAGCGCUGCAUUCAAGAACACCUACGCAGACGCCUUCCAGCUGGUGUAUUACUGUACCAUCCCAUUCGGUGUCGUCGCUUUGGUCGCGGCUUACUUCGUUCGCGAUCCUGGUCAUCUAAUGAAUAAUCACGUUGCUGUGCACCAGGAGAAGAUGGUACUCGAGCACAGGAAGCAGAAAGAGAUCGGUGAGGAUGGUAUCAAGGUAUCCGCAUGA